UUCAAAUUCAGCGCGCGCAGUUGUUGAGAAGAAGCCGUCGAGGAAGGGUGUUUGACAAUAAGGUAAGCAUGUCAGCCUAGUUUGUGAGCCGCCACAGCAGCGCCACCACCAUGAAGAUUGCCGGGUAUGUUGUGGUGAUCAAGCGGAACGGAGCGGAUGGCACGCCCUAUCCCAUGGUGCACUCCAGCUGCUCCAUUGGCCGCAACAUUGAGUGCGAUAUCCGGGUGCAGCUCAACUCCGUGUCCCAGCAGCAAUGUCGCAUUGAUGUGGACCCCAGUGGCAAGGCAUACCUCACCAACCUGACCCAGAAUGGCCAGACAGUGCUGAAUGGCUACUCAUUGGCCCCGGAGGAGGUGUGCAUGAUGAGCCAUAAGCAAGUCUUUAGUGUGGGUGAGAGGAAGUUCCGCUGGGAGUACCCAGAAGGAUCCUCUCUGGCCGUCUGUGCCCCCAGCAGCAUCCCUGCAGCUGAUUAUAAGAUCCUUGUCCCAGUGGAUAAGUCACCUGUUCUUCCUCCCAUUGCUAAUAGAGGAGCCGCAGUGCACAGGUGGAGCAUUGAUGAGGUGUCAGAGGCCAAGAGGAAGAAGGUCUCGUUUGGACCACAGCUGAACCCAGAGCAUUUUGACAAGCUCCUGCCGCCUGCCACUCCUGUCAGUAAGGGAGACAAGCCAAAUAGUACUCCUACCUUAUCUAUUGGGAGUGUUCGGAAGUCUGGGAGGGUGUCCAUUGCCUCCACCUGUGAGACCAUUGCAGAGAAUGUUCACGACACCCCGACCAAGAGCCUGCUGCGGCGAAGGAGCCCCACCCCAGUCAAGCCUUACUUAGCCCGCAGUCUUGGCAUCAACAUGGCCAAGCUGCAGGGGGAGGAGUCCUUAGUCCAGUCCCCAGAGAGAGAAGGUUCAGAUGCCACUCCGGCCCAAGCCAGUGUGAACACAGCAAAGUCCCCCAAAGUGUCAGGAAAUACAGAAAUAACAACCAAGAGAACAGCCACACCUGUAUCUACCUCCAAGAUGUUGGCAGCCAAAGUUACUCACCUAAAACACUCAACACCUGGCCAGAAGACUCCCAAGAAGACACAGCAGUCACCAGCCUCUACUUCCCUGGCAAAGUUGACUCCCAAGAUGCCAGAAACAUCAUUAUGCAAGACACCUAAGUCAAACAGCAAGAUUUCAACCACGGCAACAGCCAAAAUUUCAAAAGUACAAUUAUCCAACACUCCUAUAUCAAGCCUCAAGACUCUUGAAUUAACUACUAAGACCUCACCCAAAUCAAGCCCAAAAACACCAAAGCUAACAAAGACCUCACCCAGAUCAAGUCCUAAAACACCAAAAUCCAUAAAAAAGGUCAUAUCCACCAAAAUAACUCAUCAAAAACUUGUGUCCCCAUCCAUCUCUGCUCGUACCUCACCAAAAUCAGGGAGAACAUCCCCUGGUCCUGGCCGUCCCCGGAAAUCAAAGAGUCCUCAGACUACACCACACAGGACAUCACCAGAGACAUUGAGGACAACCAUUGGUCCUGGCCGUCCCCGCAAGGCUUCACCAGAGACAUUGAGGACAACCCCUGGUCCUGGCCGUCCCCGCAAGGCUUCACCAGAGGCGGUGAGGACAACCCCUGGUCCUGGCCGUCCCCGCAAGGCUUCACCAGUGGCAGUCAAAACAACCCCUGGUCCUGGCUGUCCCCACAAGUCAAAGAGUCCUCAGGCUACACCACGCAGGGCUUCACCAGAGACACAAGAGGACUUCAAAGUUAAUGUGUCCCCCAAGAGGCCAGCAGACGUGUCCUCUUCUGAAAUUUCUCCUUCCCCGAAAAAGCUAAAGAAGAUUUCUAACUUGCCCUCUAAUACAGCAACGCCCAAAAUCAAAGACGUCGGUAUACUGUCAUCAAAGACCACUCCUAAGGUGACUACACCCAAGUUUGUUACACCAAAGAAGUCCUGUAAACAUGUUAGUCCCAAGGGUCACACACCUAAACAUCUUACUCCAAAGAUGUCCACCCCUAAGUAUGGGACUCCAAAGAAUUCCCUUAUGGUAACCCCUAAAAGUUUAACAAAAGCUAAAAACACAAUCCCUAAGGGGACAACUAGUGCACAGAAGGUACCUAAAUCUGCCACUCCUAAAAGAAUGUCUCCUAAAGUUGCCACUCCCAAGAAGCUGUCCACUCCCAAGUCUGUCUCUCCCAAGAAGCUGUCCACUCCCAAGUCUGCCUCUCCCAAGAAGUUGUCCACUCCCAAGUCUGCCUCUCCCAAGUCUGCCUCUCCCAAGAAGCUGUUCACUCCCAAGUCUGCCUCUCCCAAGAAGCUGUCCACUCCCAAGUCUGCCUCUCCCAAGAAGCUGUCCACUCCCAAGUCUGCCUCUCCCAAGAAGCUGUUCACUCCCAAGUCUGCCUCUCCCAAGAAGCUGUCCACUCCCAAGUCUGCCUCUCCCAAGAAGCUGUCCACUCCCAAGUCUGCCUCUCCCAAGAAGCUGUCCACUCCCAAGUCUGCCUCUCUCAAGAAGCUGUCCACUCCCAAGUCUGCCUCUCCCAAGAAGCUGUCCACUCCCAAGUCUGCCUCUCCCAAGAAGCUGUUCACUCCCAAGUCUGCCUCUCCCAAGAAGCUGUCCACUCCCAAGUCUGCCUCUCCCAAGAAGCUGUCCACUCCCAAGUCUGCCUCUCCCAAGAAGCUGUUCACUCCCAAGUCUGCCUCUCCCAAGAAGCUGUCCACUCCCAAGUCUGCCUCUCUCAAGAAGCUGUCCACUCCCAAGUCUGCCUCUCCCAAGUCUGCCUCUCCCAAGAAGCUGUUCACUCCCAAGUCUGCCUCUCCCAAGAAGCUGUCCACUCCCAAGUCUGCCUCUCCCAAGACACUGUCCACUCCCAAGUCUUCCUUUCGCAAGACUCUGUCAACUCCUCAGUCUGCAAGUCCUAAGAAGUUGUCGACGCCUAAGUCUGCAAGUCCUAAGAAUCUGUCACCUCCUAAGUCUGCCUCUCCUAAGAAGCUGUCAACUCCUAAAUUUGCAAGUCCUAAGAAACUGUCAACUCCAAAGUCUGCCACUAAGAAGCCACCAACUCCCAAGUCAGCCUCUGCCAAGGUGUCAUCCCUUAAAUUUGUCACACCAAAGAGGUUGUCAAAUCCUAAGUCUGCCACAUAUAGGAGGAUGUCAACUCCAAAGUCUGCCUCUCCUAAGGCACCAUCAACUCCCAAGUUUGCUCACCCUGAGGUGCUUGCAUCCCCACAGUGUCUUACUCCCUGGUCUGUGAGUCACAUGGUGUUAACAACACCCAAGUUUGCCAGUCCUGAGGUGAUGGCUGGCCCUGCUUCUGUCAGCCCUAGACUCACCAGCCCCAAGACCUUAACUCCACCUCAGUCUGCCAGUCCUAAGGCCACAGCAACACCCACACCAGUGAUUGCCAAGAAGACCACUCCACCAAGGUCAGGUAGUGUGAAGAAGACACCCACCAUGGCAGACCUGAAGAAGCUGACCCCUCCUAGGUCUGCCAGUCCCAGGAACUCCAAGACUCCUGUGGCAACACCUCAGGCUGCUCUCCCUGGAAAGUCUGCUACUCUGAAUUCUGCUCGUAAGAAGGUCACCAUCAGGAGCCAGUUUUCUGCUACACAGGGAGUGAAGUCAGGCAAGCUGUCUAAGGUGCUGAAGGCCAAGACUCCAAAGAAGACAUGGGCUGACGUGCUGAAGAAGGGUUUGGUGGGGAAAAGGAUGACCCUUUCCCGCUCCCAGAAGGCUCGGGUGCUUCUUGCAGGAACCCAAAGCCUGCAUAAGCCACAUAGGUUGACAAAGCGGUCCCAGAAGGCAAAGGAAGUCACUCCAGUCGCCUCCACAACGUGUGCUUCCACCACUGGUCAUGCAAACUCUCCAGCUCCAAUCAUCAUUCACCAAAAGACCACCAGGACCCCCAAGGUGUUCCGCAAGGGUCAGAAGCAGCAGUGCCUCACCAGCCAGCCUGGGCUUGGCAGCGAGGUGGACAAUUGCGUUAAUCUGGAUGGUCUGUCAGCUCUGAUGUCCACCCCUAAGGCACCACUUGAAGCAGAAACUCUACAGUCUCCACCUGCCAAGACAAGGACCACAUCACAGGGCUCCCCAGCACAACAUCUCCAGAAGGAUCAGGGUUGCUCCCCUGCCAUGUCAUCUGCCAGCUGCAACUCAAACAUUUCUGUCAAUAUGACCAACUUUGACUUUUCAUCUGUAAGGACUCCUGAGGUCACCAAAGACCACUUUGUGUCCUCUUUGGAGACACCAGCUCCUUGUAGAACACCAGAGAGUGUCCUUAGGGAUCCUACUAACAAACUAGCAGCAGAUUCCCCACUGCAGGUGCCCAUAGAGUCUGAUGCCACCACCUUUGACUUUGGCAGUGCCCGCACUCCUGAUGUGACUCGGGAUGAAUUUGUUUCUCCAGUGAGUGCCAGGUCAGAGCGCCUAUCCCGCAGCGCAAAGACACUCAGGAAGUCCUCCCAGGAUGUGGCUAGAAUUCUGGAAAUACCCAGGACUGCUGUCUCCACCCCAAAAUCACAGGUGAAGCACACACACACACCAAGGAGUCUCCCUGCAGACUCUUUAUUGGAGGAGCAACAAGAUACAAGUGUCCAGAAGAGUCCAAAAAGCAGGAGUCCUCACAGAACCUCUCCAGCUGCCUCACCUGGCAAGACAAUAGAAAACAGUGAUGUGCAAGAAAAUAACACUACAAGGCACACCAGUACUCCAAAGAUUGCAGGAACAUCACCUCAAGCCGACUACACUGAUGUUGCAGGCAUGAAGAGACUCCUGCGAACACCCAAACCUGUAGAAUCACCUCAGGCUGACUACACUGAUGUUGCAGGAAUGAAGAAACUCCUGCAAACACCCAAACCUGCAGCAGAAUCACCUCAACCAGACUACAGUGAUGUUGCAGGCAUGAAAAAGCUGAUGCGAACACCCAAACCUACAACAGAAUCACCACAGGCAGACUAUACUGAUGUUGCAGGCAUGAAGAGACUCCUGCGAACACCAAAGCCCACAGCAGAAUCACCACAGGCUGACUACACUGAUGUAGCAGGCGUGAAAAAGUUACUGCGAACACCCAGACCUGCUGUAGAAUCACCACAGGCUGACUACACCAAUGUUGCUGGCAUGAAGAAGUUGCUGAAGACUCCCAAGCCUGCAGCAGAGUCACCACAGGCAGACUACACUGAUGUUGCAGGCAUGAAGAAACUGGUGAAGACUCCCAAGCCUGCAGCAGAGUCACCACAGGCAGACUACACUGAUGUUGCAGGAAUGAAGCAGCUGCUGAGAACACCCAGGCCUGCAGCAGAGUCACCACAGGCAGACUACACAAAUGUUGCAGGCAUGAAGAAGCUGCUUAAAACUCCCAAACCUGCAGCAGAGUCACCACAGGCAGACUACACCAAUGUUGCAGGUGUAGGAAAGUUACUGAGGACUCCCAGGCCAACUGUGGCAUCUCCCAAAGCUGACUAUUCCAAUGUUGCAGGUGUGGGUAAGCUGUUGAGGACGCCUCAGCCUCAAGGACGUGUGCCAGAGGCUGAUUACACUAAUGUGGCAGGUGUUAAAAGACUGCUUGGGACACCUAAAGUGGCAGGGGCUUCACCUACUGCAGAUUAUACAAAUGUUGCAGGUGUGAGACACCUUAUGCGUUCUCCCAAGACUCCUCCAAGCACACCUGAAACUGACUUCACAGGUGUUGCUCUUUUACUAGCCACACCUGAACCACAUUUGGAGGAUGGCCAGGUGGCAAGGAAUGCCACCCCCAAGAGAACCAGGAAGACUCCUUUGGCAGACCAAACCAAUGUUGACCUCUCCCAGUCCACAGCAGAAGGUGGGAAUAGGAAGGUUGUGAACCUUCAGAAAGAAUUGUCCCCAGCCUCCACCUCUCCAUCAGAAAACAUUCCACCCACUGAGGAGGCAGAGGAGUCUGGAAUCCGUAGGUCACAACGGAAUGCCAAAGCUGCGGGUGAAGGGACUGAGGUUACACCAGUCAGACAGGUCAGAUCGAGAAAGAAGAUUGAGGAAUGUGUCUUGGAAUUGGUGCAGUCGCCAGUUAGAACCACUCGGUCCUUGAGGUCCACUCCACUAAGUGAAAGACCUACACCCACAAGAACAUCAAAAAGAACUGCUGCCAGGAAAGAGAAAGAUGCGAAACCUUCAUCCCCCCAAAACGAGUCAGUCAAGUCACCAGGCAAGCCUCCUGUUGAAGUGAUCGAGCCAGUAACAGUCCUCCGGGUCAGUAGUGAUGCGAGUGCUUCUGCAUCCCAAGUGGAGACCCCUGUAAAGACCAAGACUAGAGGAAGACCACCCAAGAAUGCAGUACAGGAAGCUGAGAGUGCAAAUACAUUGGAAGGAAAGGAUGACAUGCCUGUGGUGAAAGGAAGAGGGAAGAGAGCAGCAGCUGCUCAUUCUCCACCAGCAGAAACUCCAGUCAAGGAACUGGUGGAAGGCACAACUGAAAAUGACAAACCACACAGAACAAGAGGCAAGAAGACCAAGACUGAGAAUGUUGAUGUGCUUGUGGAUGAUGGGACUCCUGUUGUGGAGGAAGUGGUAAGAGCAACAAGAACCACCAGGCGAAGGAAAGUUGUUGAUCAGAUUGAUGUGUCUGAACCUCUGCCUAAGAGACGAGCACAGAGGAUGGGGAAGAAGGAAGACAGUAAUGAUAAGGCAGAAGGUACAAAAUCUCAUGCUGACGGUCAACCAGAGGACAAGAUGCCCACUCCACCCAAAAGAGGAAGGCAACCCAAAACAAGAGGAAAGAAGGAAGACAAGGUAAAUGAUGAUACUGAAAAUGUACCUAACCAAGACACUCAAGACAUGGAAGUCACAACCACCCCAUCUAGGAGAGGAAGGCCACCAAAAACAAGAGGGAAGAAGGACAACAAUAAUGAUAAUGAAGAUGUACCUUUGGAAAGCAGACAAGACAAAGAGGACACCAUGCCCACCCCAGCCAAGAGAGGAAGAAGAGUACAGAACACAAGAGGAAAGAAGAGAGUUAAAGAUGAAGAUGAUGGGAAAGAGGCAGAUGAUAACACCAAAGAUGAAGACACUGUGUUUAUGCCACCUAAAAGAGGGAGGAGGGCACAGAAAACAAGAGGAAAUGAGGAAGAGGAUGAUAAUGAUGUGGAUAAAGUAGAAGCUGUGGAAAAUAUUCUUACACAAAACACUGAAGAUGACAAAUCCAAAUCCACUCCAGCCAAGAGAGGGAGGAGGACACUGAAAACAAGAGGUGCAAAGGAAGAAAAGGAGGAUGACGAAAGUAAAGCAGAGGAAAAGGAGAACUUGUCGACACAAAACACAUCAGAUGAAGGCAAGAGAGGAGGAAGGACGCUGAAAACAAGAGGCAAGAAAGAAGAAAAGGAUGGUGACAAAGCAGAAGAUAAGGAGAAUGUGCCAACACAACACCGUGAAGAUGAAGACAAGUCCACUGUGGCUAAGAGGGGGAGGAGGACACAGAAAACAAGAAGUAAGAAGGAAGAAAAAGAUGAUGAUAAAGUAGAAGACAAGGAGAAUGUGCCAACACAAGACACCAAAGAUGAAGACACGGCUGAAUCUUCUCAACCCAAGAGAGGGAGGAAAGCGCAGAAGGCCACUGAGGAAACUGAAGUGUCCACUCCAAGAGCUACAAGGAGGAGAGGCAAGGAGGUGGCUGUUUCUUCCCCUGAGGCCAGGCCUACUCGGGUGACCCGGUCUCGCAAGUGUCUUGUAUAAUAGUACAACUCCAGUACCUGGCCACUGUUUUUGUUUUGUUAAUAGAAACUUCUGAGUUAAACUCCUUCCUGUACAGUCUGUAACACACCCUCUUUUGCUAGUAUUAGAACACCUGGCUAGUUCAACUAGUUGUUAAAUAAUUAGAAGGAUCAGAUGUAGGUGUGGACAAACCCCUACAUUUAAGGAAAGCUACUUUUAAUAUACUUUUUGGAGCAAGCCACUUUUAUGAGCAGUUUGUAUCUGCAAGUGAGUAAGAAGCAAGUUUCUUAGCUUUAUUUUUAAAAAAUUAAGUUUUGGAAAAAAAAAUGGCUUGCUACUCUUAUAGGAUUAUUUUCAGUAAACGUACUGAUUAAUUGAAUCCAUCCUAAUGAUUUUGGCACAAGUGACACACAAACAUGAUAACACUGUCACUGGUAGAUGCUCUCAUCUGCUACAUGAUAACACUGUCACUGGUAGAUGCUCUCAUCUGCUAUCAGCCUUACCAUUCUGGUUUCAUUUUUAAGUGUGCGAACUGGCUUUAUAUUGCAAAAUCCUUGUUUUUAUGUAAAAUAUUAGAUUAUCUGGUAUCUUUAUGACUAGGUAAUCUGGCACCUUACAAAUGAAUGGUUUUGACUAAAGGCCAGUGUUUUAAAACAAGAUGGGAGUGUUCUUAAGUCAGCAAGUGUCACCAUAUUUGUGUGCCCUGUGAUGGCAAGACUACUGUAAUAGUCCAGGUCAGUGACAGAGAAUAUUACAGCUUACACACACCUGCUGUGUUCAUUGGAGUGUUAGUGGAUUCAUCUUUCUAACAUGUUCAGUGUGACAUCAUACAUGUGGGUUUUUAAGACUGUUGCUUGGGUAUUUGAAUUGCAGCAACCUACCUCUUGUAUCACUGAGAAUUAGAAGGAAAGUUGUAUGGAUCUUAAUGAACGUGGUGGCAAUAGUAAAUUUUUUAUUUUGGUUGCAUGAUAUUGUAUAUAUGCACAUUUAUAUUUAUGAACAAAUAGAUUGUACUAAGCUAUAUGUCUUAGAUUCAAUCUAGACUAAAUUAUAACUAACUCAAGAUUGUAAAUUAAUUCAGCAUUUACUUUUAUAAAUAUAAGGUCAAUCCCAGCCUUUUAUACUAAU